AUGGCGGCCAUUGCGUCGUCCUCCGCCGUGCGCGUUGCUGCCUUCUCCCUGAAGGCCAACAGCCAGAAGAAGCUCAAUGGCAGCAGCUUCGUCGCUGGCGCGCCCCUCCGGGUGUCGUCCUCCGCCAUCUCCUCCCGCUUGACAAUGGCGGCGGAGGCUCCCGAGGGCUUCUCUCCUCCCGAGCUGAAGUCUGACACUCCCUCCCCGAUCUUCGGUGGAAGCACUGGCGGCCUUCUCCGUAAGGCUCAGGUCGAGGAGUUCUAUGUCAUCACCUGGGAGUCUAAGAAGGAGCAGAUCUUCGAGAUGCCCACCGGUGGUGCCGCCAUCAUGAGGUCCGGCCCUAACUUGCUGAAGCUCGCAAGGAAGGAGCAGUGCCUCGCUCUCGGUACACUGCUCCGCACCAAGUUCAAGAUCAACUACCAAUUCUACCGAGUGUUCCCCAGCGGUGAGGUCCAGUACCUUCACCCCAAGGAUGGUGUGUACCCCGAGAAGGUGAAUGCUGGCCGUGCCAACGCGAACGUGAACCUCCGCUCUAUUGGCAAGAACGUGGAUCCCGCAGCUGUGAAGUUCAGUGGCAAGCGCGCCAUUGAUCUAACCACGCGAAACUGCCCACCUGCCCGCCUGCCCGACUGCACACCUGCCCGCCUGCCCGACUGCACACCUGCCCGCCUGCCCAGCCUACCCCCUCCCACUGACCCAUGCUUUGCUGUUCACGUGCCGCUGGUUCAAGCUGUUGGGGAAGGAGUUGCGGCGCCGAUUCCCCGGCUGAGGACAAGACACCCCCUUCCCUACCCUCUCCCACCCCUCCUCCCCACCACCGUGGAAGUCUGUACCGCAUCCCUUCCCUCCAUCCCCCCACUUCAUCUCCUCCCCAUCCCCUCUCCCUCCCCAUUCCGUCCCUUCCCCGACCCUGCCCUACCCCACGCCCUCCCUGCGCCGACCUUUCCUUCCCCCGAUUCCUCCGCGCAGCCGUCGUGCGCGGCUGAAUUCGAGCCAGACGAAGGCCCGCAGCCGCAGCUGCUGCUAAUUAAGAUUUCCGGAACUGGCUUGGGCUUGCUCCGCCAAGCGCCGUUCCUGCAGCUAUCCACCCCCGCGGCGCAACGCGAGGGGAUAGGCGUAACAGGUGGCGCGCGGAAGGGCGCGGGGGAAGGGGGCAGUGGCGGAAGGGAUUUAUGGGUUGCGGGGGGGGAACAAGCGGGGGGCGGCGGAGAGGAAGCGGUUGCGGGGGGAUGUGUGGCAGGAUUCGGUGAGGGGACAGAGACGGGGGAAAAUGAGGGGCAGUGCGGGGUUGGGGGAGGGGAGGAGAGGUUGGAGGGGUGCGGGGAAGCGGGGAAAGCGGCAGGCAUGGGGGUAAUGGUAAGAGAGAGCAAUUCGUGCAGCAGUAGCAGCAGCAGCUGCGUGGCGGGAUAUGCGGAGGGAAUUCUUAACCCCCAGGAGCAGCAGGAGCUAGAAUUGCGCGGUCCCUCUGUUCCCGAGCAGCAGGGUUCCGCCGCUACACGCGCGGAUAGCGAUGUUUACUUCCCCCAGGGGGGAUCUACUUCCCCCUCUGGUGGCGCUGACUUGCCCCUCGAAGGGAGUGCAGAGAGCUCUGCAGGAGGGUUGGGGGGGCUGGGGGAGUUGGCGGGGUUGGGGGGAACGGAACCUGGGGGAGGGGGGGGUGGCGAGCCGGCAGCAGGGGCAGGGGGGGGCGCAGCAGCGGCGGGAGGGGGAGCGGGGGGAUGGCAGGGGCGCGGGUGGGCGCGCGUGGGGCAUGCUCUGAACGAGGGGCUGCUGCGCGCGACGCAGAGGCGGUUGCGCGUGGACGUGCAGUUGCUGUGGCGCUUCCUGCAGAUCCUGUGCCUGCAACUGAGAGAGGGCUUAAGGGGAGCUGCGUCCACCCCCAUUGCCACUGUGACCUCGGGGCGCAACCGAUCAGAGCGGCUGGCCCACCUCUUUCCCGAGUCCCUACGUACGCGUUUUGAGGCGCCCCUGUUCGUUUACACAGAAGAAAAGGCGUAUCUGGCAAUGUCAGAGGCAGCCAAGGAGAUGGUGGGAGUGCGGUCUGUGAACAAGAGCAUCCCUGCUCACAACCGCUGCUUUGGUGCCUGGUGGAAGAGUGUGUUGGUGGAUCUGGUGGUGGGGUACGACACCAUCCUCAUGAACUCCCUAAUCUCCUCGCGAGGCAAAGGUUUCCUGUACAACGCACACACCAAGGAGUUAUAUGACCUCAAUCUCGCUGCCACCAGGGGCAGAGCUGCUGCUACCUCCUUUGAAGACGUGAUUUCGUUCAAGAUUGGAGUGGUGUUCACAUCAGUGUUCAUAUUCUUCAUGACCCUCCUCGCGGUAUCCUUCACCCUCCGAGAGACGCAGAGCCGCAUGCUCAAAUUCACAAUCGCCUUGCACCACCAUGCAAGGCAUCGCCUGCCCACGUUCCGCCUCAUCGCCAUGCACAUCCUCGAGUCGCUCGUAUUCAUCCCCAUCAUGAUCGGUAUUCUCUUCUUCCUGUUUGAGUUCUACGACGACCAGCUCCUGGCCUUCAUGGUUCUCACACUCGUGUGGCUCUGCGAAAUCUUCACGCUCAUCAGCUGCCGCUCCCCCUUGUCGCGGCGUUUCUUCCCCAAGUUCUUCUUCCUCUUCUUCCUCCUCUUCCACGUCUACUUCUUCACAUUCACCUACGGGUUCUCCUAUCUGGCCUUUGCCACAGCAGCGGCCUUCCUCAACCACAUUGCCAUCUUCCUCUGGAACCGAUGCGAGCAUGCCACACAGCAUGCUCCCCAGCAUGCCUUUAAGAGAAUUUUCUCCUCCAUAUUCUCAACACCCAAUGCUUCUUCUGAGGCCACAGCUCUUGCUGAUGCUGGUGCAGCAGCUGCUGCUCGUGCUGCUCCUCCUGCUGCUGCUGCUGCUGCUGCUGCUACUGAUGCUGAUGCUGAUUUUGCUGUUAAUGUUAGUGUGGAUCCCAAAACUGCCUGUUGGAAAGGUGGGUCCCGCACAUGGGAGGGUGAGGGUGAGGGGUUGUUUGAGCUUCAGUCUAGUGCAAGGGGAUACGGAGGGGUGUGGGGAGGUGGGGGCUUGUGGGACGACCAGGAGGAGCAGUGGGAUUGUGCUGAUGCGGUGGGGAGGAGUGCUGAUGGUGCAGAUGGGAGGUCUGGUUGGGACCGUGAGCAGGGGGGUGGGGGCGAAUGCUGUGAUAGUUAUGAUAGUGGUGAGGAGGGAGACGAGGAGGAAGAGGAGGAGGAGGGGGAGGAGGAGGAUGAUGCUGGUAUGAGUGAUGGUGGUGGGGAGUUUAGUAGUGUUGCUGCUGAUGGUGCGUCUCAGAGCUCGCUGACGACCAUGUUCAUCGACUGA